AUGUCGGAGUCAAUCUUGUUCCGCAAUGAAGACCGCAGCGUCAUUCUCAUCGACGGUCCCAAGUCUAUUGAGGACGCUCAAUUCCUGAACCCUGCGGAAGCAUCUCAGCGUGGCAGGAGACGGAGGCUCGAUUCAUCAAACCCGCCUGAGCAGCCGUUCAAGACUCCGGAGCCCAAGCAAUCCCUUCCCCACCCAAGCGCGGCAGCAGCUUUGGCGGAGCUUUCCGCUGCGGCAGCGGUUGAGGAUGCUUUGCAAGUGCUGAACGACUUGUACUCGGGGCCGUGGUGCCUGCCCCGGAUCCAUGCUGUCAAGGAGACGGAUGUGAAGGGAGAUGAGCGAGACAAGAAGAGAAAAGCCGAGGAUGUCGAUGCCCCGGAGGAUGUUCUCAGCGACCCAGUGAUUGCUGAAGAGUCAGUCUACCUCCAAGGGACAAUCUCCUCGGAAAGGUCUCGCUUCCUAAAAGAGGCCCCCAUGUUCGACCUCAUAGUCAUGGACCCCAAUUGGCCGAAUCGCUCAGUGCGUCGCAAGAGAGGCAGCUACCAAACAGCCAAUGAUCUCGACGAGAUCCGUGAGACUCUGUCACUGAUACCCAUUAUGUCUCACCUAGCACCCGGGGGCCUUGUCGCCGUUUGGAUCACCAACAAAGCAAGCGUGCUGGAGCUACUGACAUCACCUAGAGGCCUCUUCGCGGAAUGGGGGCUGGAACUUGUAGGCGAGUGGACGUGGCUCAAGGUCACAACGGCUGGCGAGCCGAUGGUGGACGUAAACUCUACGUGGAGGAAGCCAUGGGAGCGGCUCCUGAUUGCGAGGAAGCGAGGGGCCGAGACGAGGCUGCCUUGUCGGAGCAGAGUAAUUGUUUCCGUGCCGGAUCUCCAUUCGCGCAAACCCAAUCUGCGACCUCUACUCGAGGAUGUCUUGCCUCCUGGAUACAGGGGCCUCGAGAUAUUUGCCAGAAACCUCACGGCAGGGUGGUGGAGCUGGGGAGACGAGGUCCUCAAGUUCCAGCAGCCAGAACACUGGGUAGAGCCGUAG